AUGGCAAGUAACGGCAAUGCAUUGGGUGUGGCACAACCACUCAUUCCCGUCUUCAAGGGAGAAAGCUACGAAUUCUGGAGUAUUUGUAUGAAAACUCUACUCAGAUCUCAAGAUCUUUGGGACUUGGUAGAACGUGGAUUUGUCGAUCUUGAUGAAGAAAAUAGGCUGCAAGACAACAAGAAAAAAGAUGCUAAGGCGCUGGUGAUUAUCCAGCAGGCUAUUCAUGAUAGCGUCUUUUCAUGGAUCGCAGUAGCGACCACAUCAAAACAAGGUUGGUCCAUUGUACAGAAAGAGUUUCAAGGUGAUUCAAAGGUCAUUGUGGUGAGACUGCAAUCACUUCGGCGUGACUUUGAAAACUUGAUGAUGAAAAGUGGAGAAUCCAUUGCUGAUUUUUUGUCGAGAGCAACAACAAUUGUCAGUCAAAUACGAUCCUACGACGAGAAGGUUACAGACCAGACCAUUGUGGAAAAGGUAUUGCGAAGCUUGACUCCAAAAUUUGAUCAUGUAGUUACUGCUAUUGAAGAGUCUAAGGAUUUAUCAAGUUUUUCCUUUGAUGAACUGAUAGGGUCUCUUCAAGCUCAUGAGAUGAGAAUCAAUCGAUCUUCAGAGAAGAACCACGAGAAGUCAUUCCAAGUGAAAGACACAACCACUAGAACUGGAGAAAAUAAUGGUCCAGCAAGUAGAGGUCGAGGAAGAGGAGGAUUUCGCAGUGGUCGAGGUCGUGGUCGUGGUUAUGGAAGAGGCAGAGGAAGGAAUAAUGGGCACAGGUAG